AUGGCUACCUCUCGGUUUCUACGUUUAUUGAGUGCAAGCAGUCUCGUCACUUCAAGCGUUGCCAGCGGAGAGGCACCAACCGCGAAGACUUUAAAUGGAACUUAUGAAGGGUUCAACCUGCCAAACUGGGACCAAGACGCGUUUCUUGGUAUCCCAUACGCACAGAAACCAGUUGGUGAUCUGCGCUAUCGGUGGCCUCAAAGCAUCAACACCUCGUUCGACGGAGUCCGAAACGCCACGCAGUACGGGUACAGCUGCAUGCAAUAUGGUCAGAGUUUCGCUUUGUCGGAGGACUGUCUCACUAUCAAUGUUGUAAGACCAGCAGGUGUGCCGGCCAACCCGCUCCCGGUACUGGUAUGGAUUUACGGGGGUGGGCUGUACGCCGGAAGCACCGCUGAUCCUCAAUAUAACCUAUCUGGUGUGGUCAAGGUCAGCCAGGAAAUGGAACAGCCGGUCAUCGCAGUUAGCAUGAACUAUCGUUUGGGCAUGUGGGGGUUUCUGCAAACGCCACAGAUUCUGGCCGAAGGAUCUAGUAAUGCUGGACUGCUUGACCAGAGGCUUGCACUGCGUUGGAUUCAGGAAAACAUUGGCGCAUUCGGUGGCAACCCAGACAAAGUUGUCAUAUGGGGUGAAAGCGCGGGCGCUCAAAGCGUAGCGUAUCACCUUUUUGCUUAUGAUGGACGUGACGAUGGCCUAUUCCAUGGAGCGAUCAUGGAAAGCGGUGGCCCAACUGGGGCACAAGUCGAAACGCUCUCAUGGUACAAUAGUGCAGUGGAGAAUCUCACACGAGCUGUCGAUUGUUGGGGGGUGUCAAAUCAGCUCGCAUGUCUCCGAUCCGUCGACCAGGCAACAUUGUUUGCUGCACAUCCCAGCGUUGUAUGGAACCCCUUACUCGAUGGGGAUUUCUUGACUGGCUAUCCGAGCCAACUGAUGCAUCAAGGCAAAUACAUCAAAGUACCAAUUAUCACAGGAGCAAACACCGAUGAAGGGUUUGCUAUUUCAGGAACCCCCAAUACCGAGCAAGAUAUAUUCAAGUCCAUCUUCGCAUGGCGCUCGUAUUCAUUGACGCCCCCUACCGUGCGCAAGCUAUUCGAAUUAUACCCUGAUGAUCCUUGUUAUGCGGUUCCAUAUGCAAUCACCAACUGCACCCGAUCUCCGACACGCGGCCUCCAAUGGCGCAGGGCAGCAUCUAUAGGGUCCGAUCUCGUCAUGAUUGCACAACGGCGGAAGAUGGCUGAACUCUACACGAGCGCCGGAGUAGCUGCAUACAGCUACCGCUUCGACCAAAGGCUUUGGAACGGGCCCGAAUGGGACGGUGUCAAGCACUUUCAGAAUGUAGCAUUCAGCUUCCAAAACAUAUCUGGCUUGCUCGGGCCCAGUCCAAGCUACGAUAGCCAUCGAAAACUUGCAAUGGCAAUAGGCCAGGCAUACAUACAUUUUGUCAAUGACCUGGAUCCGAACGGGAAGCAAGGCAUACAGUACAAAGAACCGAGUCUCCUGCCCCGCUGGCCUGCUUAUAGCUUAGGUUCACCAACGAACAUGGUACUCAAUGCGACAAAAAGCUGGAUAGAGGAUGAUACGUGGCGCAAAGAUGGUAUCUCAUUCAUCAACACACCUGGGGUUGCGAAGGAACUGUUGAGCUAG